GGGCAGUACCUGAAAUUUGCACCUCAAAUGGCGGCUACACACAUGAAACUCUUAUUUCUGUUUUUAAUUUGGAGUCCUUUUUUCAGCCAAUCAGGCGUCAGCGCAAGCGCUAAAUGCCAUUCUCCUAUGGAUGCCAUCAUUGUCCUCGAUGCAUCUGGAAGCGUUGGCUUUGAAAACUGGCAGAAAACCGUUAACUUUUCAUCUGAUCUUGGACACAGCGUCAUGGGCUUUCAUCCGGGAAACAAAGUCGGGGUUGUAGAGUUCAGUCAAGUUGCUAAUGAAGCAGUUGCUCUGACGGACAAUAAAGAUAUAUUUGAUAAUGGUAUUAAAGUCCUAAGUGAAACUUACCAGAACGGAAUAACAAGAACAGAGUUGGCCUUGUCUAAAGCAGCAGACAUGUUUAAACGAGAAAGUGUGCAAAAGGAUCACAGAUUGCUUGUAAUUGUAACAGAUGGMAAGACCACACCACUGGAUGGAACACCAGGAAUUGAAAUUAUUGCACAGCCUACCGCUGACCUGGCAAACCUAGGAGUAAAUGUUGUGGCAGUCGGUGUUAGUGAUAGCGUCAAUCUAGAAGAACUGAACCUGAUGGCUACUGACCCUGACUCUAGUAACGUAUUGAAGAUGAGCGAUUAUGACGAGCUUUUGAAACAAGUCAAUAAAAUCUCUGAAAUUGCUUGCCCGACUGAAGCUCCGACGACCCCUACAAUCACCCAACCUCAAACCCAGUCUACGACACCCAGACCAAUUGUGACAAAUGCAACAACAGCUACUCCUUCCACUUCUCCGGCACCCAUAACGCCACCGCCCAUCCCUAUCACGACGCAACCCCCAACCACAGGGCCAACUACAGCUACUCCUCCUCGUGUUCCUGAAGAAAAAUGCGAGGCCCCUUUUCAUAAGAUUGGCUGCUUUCAGGAUGACAUGAAAGUCCCACGGCCUUUACCUGAGCUGUUAUUCACAGACCGCGAUCAAACAUCGCCAGUUAGUUCAGGAAUAGCUUUAGAUUGGAACAACUGGAGCACAUACCUGACUAAAUUGGUUUGUCGAUGCUCCAAGGCCGCUAGAUCUAAGAGAUAUAAUUUCUUUAGCAUCCAGUAUUACGGUGAGUGUUGGUCAGGACCUGACGCUGGUGAAACGUACAAACGGAAUGGGGUUUCUUCAAAAUGCAUAACCAAAGAAGGGCAGCCUUGUACUCCAGAUAAACCUGAUGUCUGUGCUGGAGAAGCGGAGACAAAUUACGUCUAUGGAAUUGAUAUGCCUAAGGAAGCAACCUGUGAUAUACCAUAUGAGAAGUUAGGAUGCUACAAGGACAGCCAACAACAGCCACGUCCAAUGAACGAGCUCAUCCUUACUGACCGCGACCCAACAGAUCCUGUCUACAGUGGUAAAACGAUCGACUGGGGGAACUGGAACACUUAUUUGAUUGAUUUGGUUUGUAGGUGUGCUAGGAAAGCCGCCGAAAAGAAAUACAACUAUUUUGGUAUUCAGUAUUUUGGUGAAUGCUGGUCGGGAGCAGAGGCUGGUGAUACAUUUGGUAGAGAUGGACUUGCAGAUACGUGUGUUACCUAUGGUUACAAUGCAUGCCCGGCAGACCCUAAAGCAAAUACGGAUCAAUGCGCGGGAAAGCAGUUCACCAACUAUGUCUAUGGUAUUAGAGCUGCAGCUCCCACUUGCUCAGUGAAAUACGAAAGGGUUGGCUGCUAUAACGACAACCAUUCAGACCCAAGACCUUUACCACAACUCAUCCUAACUGAUCGAGACCCGACCGAUAAGGUUUACAGUAAUGUUACCAUUGACUGGGGCAACUGGGAUUCGUACAUUGAUGAUCUGAUUUGUCGAUGUGCAAGAGUGACUCAAAAUAAGCGAUUUACAUACUUUGGAGUCCAAAACUAUGGCGAAUGCUGGUCUGGAUCAGAAGCAGCAGAGACAUACAACAAAGAUGGGGACUCAGCUAACUGUAUUACUGACGGAUACGAAGCCUGUAAGGCUUCCUCGACGGAAUGUGUAGGCAAAGAGAAAACCAACUUUGUUUACAAAGUACCCUUCAGUUAGAAACAAACUCAGUCAAAAAGAGACAUUAAAGAUAUGAAUAGCAAACGAUUUGAAUGAUUUUAAAUACACAAGUAUCGAGGUGCAUGUCCUUGCAAUGUUGCAGCACCUUUGAGACUUUUGACCACGUAUCUCGCCAGCCUAGUUUCGCGCCAUGGCUUUUUAAUACAUUAUCACAUAAAUGUAAAGUACAUUUUCUGAAAGUUAAAUAAACAUAAUUAUUGUAAAUGUA